AUGUCUUCCGAAUUGUAUGCUGUUGCUGAUUUCUGCCUCAUCCCUAUGAAUGCCCCAGAGCCUUCAGUCGCCAUAUUCAUUGCCGAAUGCCAGAGGGUCUUGGAAAAGUCUGGUCUCACAUUCAAGAUGCACGGGUACGGAACAAACUUAGAAGGACCCUGGUCCGACGUCUGCAAGGCCAUUCAUGACUGCCACGCCGCAGUGCACGCACAGGGAAUCCCUCGUAUCGCAACCGACAUCCGUAUCGGUACCAGAGUCGACCAGGAGAUCGCACCUGGUACAGGAAACAAACAUAAAGUCGAGAGAGUCGAACAAAUAUUGGCAGCGAAAGUUUGA